UUCAAGUAUUUUCCUCAAUGGCUAUUAAAUCCAAUGUACUGGCUUUCCCCAAUUUUCUUCAUGAGUAAAAUGGGAAAAAAUUUCAAGAGAGAUGUUGAAAUAAUUCAUCGUUUCGACGAAAAGAUGUUCAAGAGAAAAAAAGAAAACUUUCUGAAAAAAAUGCAGCAGCAACAUUCCUUAAACAAUGGAACACGUAAUGAAGAGGAACCAAAGAUGAAUACAAAACAACGUCUUAUCGAUUCACUGUUGGAUCUUCACGUAAAACAAGGUUUAAUGUCUGAAGAAGACGUUAUAAGAGAUAUGGAAGGUUUUAUUUUCGCGGUAGGCACAAUUUACUGAAGGUCUCAACGAAAAUAAGUACAGUAUAUAAUCGUGCACGCGUGUAGUUCAA